AUGCACUUCUCAUUAUUAUGCGUAAUUCCUCUCGUCCACGCUGCCCGGAUAAUCCAAUCCAACGAUGAUGGUUGGGCGGAAGCAAAUGUUCGAACUUUCUUCAACACUCUGACUUUCGCUGGGCAUGAUGUAGUUCUGUCAGCUCCUGCAAAGCAAAAUUCAGGACGCGGCUCUCUCGAUGCUCCACCCAAGCAAGUAGAUGGUAAUGGGUGCAUUCACCAGAGCUGCCCGCCAAACAGUCCUCCCAUCGGCACCAAUCAGAGUGAAACCCGGCUUAAUUAUGUCAACAGUUUCCCAGUAACCAGCAUCAAAACGGGCAUCGAUGAGAUCGGACCCAAACUGUGGAACGCUCGGGCCGAACUUGCUGUGACCGGGCCCAAUGUAGGGGACAACGCUGGAAUCAAAGUCCCAUUCUCAGGUACUGUUGGUGCCGCCGUCUAUGCUGCUCAGAACGGCAUCCCAGCCAUAGCCUUCUCAGGUGUUACCGGUUAUCCUACAGCUUGGAACAAGCCCACGCCUCUUCACUCCAAAAUCUACGCCGAGUUGGCCCUCAAAGUUACCAGCACUAUCCUCGAGUCCGGUCCGCCCUACCUGCCCCCAGAAACCUGGCUCAACGUCAAUUUUGGAAAAGUAUCAGAGGCAAAAUGUAACAGUGCAGACAAGUUUACGUAUGUUCUUACGAGAAUUCAUUGGGGUUUCCUCAGCGACUAUGACGUGGAAUGGUGCGGAACCAGACGCCUUCCACUUGAGUCUGAUAUACGCGAUAACAAUGAUUGCUACGUUACCAUCAGCAUCGGAGAUGCAACUGACAAGACAACGAUUGAUGCUGCUCGACAAGCGCAGGUCCUGCCUAAGCUUCAGAAUAUUCUCUCUUGUAUUCAGCAUAGACCUGGUUCAUGA